AUGCCCCGACUCCUCCAACCAAUCACAUCCAUACGACACAAAUCCAGCAAAUCCUCCACCCUCUGGGUUUCCCGUCACAUCAACGACCACCAUGCCAAAUCCGCCAAACAACAAUCAUAUCGUCUGCGAGCCGCAUAUAAACUCAUCGAAUUAAAUCAAAAAUUCAAAUUAUUCAAUAAAUCAUCUACAAAUAUUGUAGAUUUGGGGUUUGCACCUGGAGCAUGGACCCAAGUGGCGAUUGAAGAGAUGAAGAAGGUGAAGAAGCCGUAUAAUAUCAUAGGAGUGGAUUUGAUUAUGUGUGGUGCCCCGGAGGGGAGUUGGUUUAUUCAGGGGGAUAUUUUGAAGAAGAGUACUCAUGAGAAGAUAAGGGAACAUUUUAGGACGACGAAGGCGAUUGAUCCGAAGGAUCAUACUCUGCCGGAGGCAGAACCACUGAUGGAGCCUUUUAGUAAUCUGCCAAAGGAAGAUUCAAUUGCUGCCCACCAGCAGCAACAGUCAGACCCAAAGGAGAUUCCUAUCUAUAAUCCACCGAAGAAGCCUAAAUCUUGGCCUUUGACUGAGCCCUUAGCAAAUCUGCCAAAGGUAGAUACCAUCGCAAGUGUUGUUAAUCCAGAUAGCCAAAUUAAUGCCCUGCCUUCGGCAGAUCCUUCGUCGAAGACGAAUAGUGGCGCAAGCGAUACUUAUUCUGGGGCAGAUACAACUACAUCCCAACAGAAUGAUCCUUCGGAUCAUACUCUGCCUUCGGCAAAUACCAAAGCAAAUCGUGGCACCGACUUAUCUAGACCAGUCGAUCUAAUAAUCAGCGACAUGAUGGCCAACGUCACCGGCAUAAAAGACGUCGACCACUUUGCAAGCAUGGAUCUCUGUGAUGCGGCCCUAAUCCUAAGUCACAACCUCCUAAAACCACACGGAAAUCUUGUGAUGAAGUUUUAUACUGGUGCUGAAGAUAAAGUACUUGAAUCGAGGAUGAAGAAGAUGUUUAACAAAGUAGCGAGAAUGAAGCCGGAGACUUGUAGAAAGGAACUGAGAGAGAUGUAUAUUAUUGGGUUGAAACGGAAGAAGACUAUGAUUGGGUUGGAUGAGUUAUUUAGCCGAUGA